AUGCUCACAACCGAGACGGCUGUCAUGAUGGCCAAAUAUAACGACUGGGCCGACCGCGUCCUAUUCAAAUCCAUCAAAGAACAGUUACCAGAAGGAGCAGUCUAUCAGGCACGCAAGACUCUCUUCAAAUCCAUGGUCGGCACCCUUAACCACAACCAUCAAGUCGACUUGAUCUGGCGUGCCCAUCUGCUUAACGAAGAGCACGGCUUUUCCAAUCGCCGCGACUUGCUGUAUCCUGACUUUGAUGAACUGGUAAAGAACCAGUUGGAGGUCAACCAGUGGUAUAUCGAUUGGGCGGGAAACCAGGACGGCGAGAGCUUCAGUAAGCGCUCCAAAUUCAACUAUGUGAAUGGAACACCUGCGGAGAUGACUCGUGGCGGUAUGUUUCUGCAUAUCAUCAACCACAAGACUUAUCAUCGAGGAUGGGUCAGCGAGAUGUUUUUUGAGCAUGAUGUCAAUCCGCCCGAGACUGAUCUCUGUGUUUAUCUCUGUCUGGAGUGA